UACUCAAAUUCGGUGCUUGACUAGAACAGAACAAAUACUCCAGCAUUUCCCUUUUGAACCUUGAUUAUUGAUGAUGUGGAGGCUAUUCUUUCAAUUUAUCAGGUGCAAGACUUUGUGUCUUGCAUCUGAUUGUUUAAAAUUAUGUAAGUGGAACAGCUUAUUAGAUGCUUGCAAGCUCAGGAUGGAGAUGUAGUGGGAGAGGAAGUGCCUGCAAACCAAAGGCUAUUUUCCAGCUCUUGAAUCAGGAUUCGAAGGCUCAGGUGACUGCUAUACAUCUAAUUGUUGGAACUCUCCAGAGGAUGCUAGUAUUCGGAAUUGAGAACAUGGAUACAUUAACUCACAAGGCCACCGGAGUAAGAACCAUCAACGCUUUCCUUCUCAAUCCAGCUUCCGAUGCUUUCUUCGCCAGCACACUCCGGUACAUCCGGUCCCAGAAACAGAAAGGUGGUAGUAUGGGGAAUGGAGGGUGUGAUUAUGAAUUUCAUAAAGAGCUCCAGGUAUCAGGUGAGGAAGCGCAUAGAGCUUCUGUCCAGAACUUGUAA